CUUCCUUCUAUCUCAAAAUGGCAACUAUCAAAUCUGUUCACGCUCGCGAAAUUCUCGACUCUCGUGGUAAUCCAACUGUCGAAGUUGAUAUCACCACUGUUGACGGUCUCUUCAGAGCCGCUUGCCCAUCUGGCGCUUCCACUGGUAUCUACGAAGCCCUGGAGCUCCGUGAUGGCGACAAGGAUCGUUACUUGGGUAAGGGUGUGUUGAAGGCUGUUGCCAACGUCAAUUCUACCCUCGCCAGUGGAGUUACCGGCCAUGAUGCCACCAGACAAAGGUGUUUGGAUGACUACAUGGUAAAAACUCUUGAUGGCAGUGAAAAUGAAUGGGGAUACUGCAAGUCUAAGCUAGGUGCUAACGCAAUUCUAGUAGUUUCCAUGGCUGCUGCCAGGGCCGCUGCUGCACACAAAAAGAUUCCUCUCUACCAACACCUGGCUGAACUAGCUGGCAAACCAACCGACAAGUACAUGCUCCCAGUUCCAUGCCUUAAUGUCAUUAACGGUGGUUCACACGCUGGAAACAGCUUGGCCAUGCAAGAAUUCAUGAUCCUUCCAGUUGGUGCUCCCAGCUUCAAGGAGGCCAUCCGCAUGGGAUGUGAAGUCUACCACAACCUUAAGAAGGUUAUUAACGCCAAAUAUGGACAGGAUGCUACUAAUGUUGGUGAUGAAGGUGGUUUUGCCCCCAAUAUCAAGUCAGCUGAAGAAGCACUUGACCUCUUGGUGGAAUCCAUCAAGAAAGCUGGAUUUGAAGGUCAGGUCAAGAUUGGUAUGGAUGUCGCCGCCUCAGAGUUCUAUGUUAAGGAGUCCAAAUCAUACAAUUUGGGAUUCAAAUGCGAAACUCCUAACAUGAAGUCUGGUGCCGAGAUGGUUGCCUACUACAAGGACUUGUGCCAGAAGUACCCAAUUGUCUCUAUUGAGGACCCCUUCGACCAGGAUGACUGGGAAGCAUACACCUUGAUCACUAAGGAGAUUGGAGACAAAGUUCAGAUCGUUGGUGAUGACUUGCUCGUUACUAACCCUAAGCGUAUCCAGACCGCCUUGGACAAGAAAGCUUGCAACGCCCUCUUGUUGAAGGUUAACCAAAUUGGUUCCGUAAGCGAAGCUAUCGAUGCCUGCGUCCUUAGCCACAAGAACAACUGGGGUGUCAUGGUAUCUCACAGGUCUGGUGAAACCGAAGAUACGUUCAUUGCUGACCUUGUAGUAGCACUCGGAACCGGUCAAAUCAAGACCGGCGCUCCAUGCCGCAGUGAAAGAAAUGCCAAAUACAACCAGUUGAUCCGCAUUGAGGAAGAACUUGGAUCACGCGCUUCUUACGCUGGUGCUGCAUUCCGCACCUGUGCCCAGUAAAUUUAUGCUAUGUACUAGUUUUAUGAUUACGAAAACCUAAUCUAUAUACAGAC